GGUGCGAGUUGUUUGAACCGUUGGAAUAGUCGUGAAGUGAGUGUGGAAACCGGAACAGGAAACAGAUUUUGAUUAAGCAAAAAGCCACCGCACCCAGGUUGCAGGCGAAAGAAAAGCUCAUCUGUUCACGGACUCUGAGGAGACGACCAAUAAAUCCUGACACCUUGCCGAGAUGGACUUUGACGAGUAUCGCAAAAGAGGCAAAGAGAUGGUCGACUACAUCGCGGACUAUCUGGAGAACAUCCGCGAGCGGCGCGUCCUGCCCGAUGUCAAGCCCGGCUACAUGCGCACGUUGCUGCCCGAAUCGGCCCCCCUCGAGGGUGAACCCUGGCAGACGAUCAUCGACGACGUCGAGCGGGUCAUCAUGCCGGGCGUAACGCACUGGCAGAGUCCGCACAUGCAUGCCUACUUUCCGGCGCUCAACUCGUUUCCAUCGAUGCUGGGGGACAUGCUGGCCGAUGCCAUCAACUGUCUUGGAUUCACGUGGGCCUCCUCCCCGGCCUGCACCGAGCUCGAGUCGAUCGUGAUGAACUGGCUGGGCAAGAUGAUCGGCCUGCCGGACGACUUCCUGCACAUCCCGGGCGUCAGCAAGGGCGGCGGGGUGAUCCAAACGACGGCCAGCGAAGCGACGCUGGUGUGUCUGCUGGCGGGUCGAACGCAGGGCAUCCGCCACUUUCACGAGCACAGCCCCGGCCAACAGGACGCGGAAAUCAACGCCCGGCUGGUGGCGUACUGCUCCGACCAGGCCCACUCCAGCGUCGAAAAGGCCGCCCUAAUCGGAUUGGUCCGGAUGCGGUACAUCGAGGCGGACGACGGUCUCUGCCUGCGGGGACGCGCCCUGGAGGAGGCCAUCGAGGAGGACAUCAAGCGGGGGCUGAUUCCGUUCUGGGUCUGUGCCACUCUCGGUACCACAGGUGCGUGCGCCUUCGACAACCUCGUUGAAGUGGGGGACGUUUGCAAAAAAUACAAGCUGUGGCUGCACGUGGACGCCGCCUACGCCGGGAGUGCGUUCAUCUGUCCGGAGUUCCGGGUGUGGCUGAACGGGAUCGCCCAGGCAGACUCGAUCGCGUUCAACCCGUCCAAGUGGCUGAUGGUCCACUUUGAUUGUACCGCUAUGUGGGUCAAAAACAGUGGAGCACUUCACAGAACGUUCAACGUCGAGCCACUCUAUCUUCAGCAUGAGAAUUCUGGGUUGGCUAUCGAUUACAUGCACUGGCAGAUUCCGCUGAGUAAACGAUUCCGCGCUCUUAAGCUCUGGUUCGUGCUGCGAAGCUUCGGCAUCAAGGGACUCCAGAAGCACAUCCGCGAGGGCGUCCGACUGGCACAAAAGUUUGAAGCUCUCGUACUGGCGGACCACCGGUUCGAAAUCCCCGCAGCACGUCAUCUGGGAAUGGUCGUGUUCCGACUCCGCGGUGAGAAUGACCUGACGGAGAAGCUGCUCAAGAGAUUGAACCACCGCGGGAACAUGCACGCCGUUCCGGCUUCUCUGAAGGGCAAGUACGUGAUCCGAUUUACCGUGACUUCGACCUACACGAACAACGAGGACAUCCUGAAGGACUGGAACGAGAUCCGGCUGGUGACCAGCGAGCUUCUGCAGGAGUUGGACGUCAAGAUCGCCGACAGGUCGCGCGUCCCACUGAAAGAUACGCGCGAGAAGAACGAAGCGUUCGGAUCGAGCCUGCUGCUGGCCAACUCGCCCAUGUCACCGAAGAUCGUGAACGGCUCAUUCGCGGCCAUCUUCGACGCGGACGAGUUCCUGGCCAAGGUGUACGCCGGCAUCAGGAUCUCGAACCAGGACUCGCCGGCGAUGCGACGCCGCGUCCGCGGGAUCCUCAUGUCCGGCAAGCAGUUCUCGCUCGACUCCCGGAUGGACCUCGUCGUGCAGGGCAUCAGCCCGGGCGAGGUCAAGAACGGGAUCGAGUCCAAAGCCAUCACCGAAGACUGCGAAGAGGUUUGGGAAGCUUGUGAGCAGAUGGAAAUUGUCGACCAAGAUGCCCUCCUGGAGUCCCUGGACGGCCAGUUCCUGCUACCGAUCCCCCUGCUGUCACCCUGUCCGCCAUCGCUGACGCCGACACCCCCGUCCAGCCCGCGUCACCACCACCAGCAACGUCAGCUUCGCUCGCACUCGGUCGACGCGGGCAUCGUUCAUGCCCAGAGUAAGCUGCUGGGCCGGGCCGCCGCCGUCACCUUCAACUCCACCUCGUCCAACUCGAGCCUGCUAAAUCUGCUGCUCAAACCGUGCAGCAAGUCUGAACCUUACUUUUCGUCCGAAUCUCUCGUUUCCACUCCACCGAUUUCGCCCAAUUCCACCGCAAAAGUGUCGUACGAUUCGAAUUUGGACUCGAUCGACGAGAACCUCCCCGUGGCCAGGUUCAGUCAGAGUCCCAAGCGGCGUUGUUCGGACAAUUCGCACCUGUUUUCGAUGGCGCGGCCGAACGUGUUUCCGGAGAAGCGGCAAUCCGAGCCGACCAUUCGGUACGCGUUCUACAACAAGAGCUUCGACAUUCUAUGUCCGCGGCAGCAACCGGCCAAGGUCCUGUCCCAGAACGACCUUUCCAAGCGACCUUUCCGGAGGCAAAUCUCCACGAUUGACGAAAUAUUCGUGGACGACGAACACAGCGCUGAGCUUCAACAACGCAAGCUGAAACUGAUGGCGCCAAAGUUUAAGUGUUGCGUGUCGGACGAAGACGGACGGUGCAUCAACUAUGAUCCAAUUUAUCACAAUCACGAGGUGGACUUGAGUGAGGACGAACUAUUGAGGCAGGUUCUUUGCUUUGAGGAAAAUUUCGUCGAAAGGUGUGAGCAGAUUUGUCCCCAACAGCAAGAGCAGGAUGAGAAUGAAAACGAGGAAGAGUGUAUGGACGAUGGUGGCAGUGUUGCCAGCAAUGUGGAAUCGCCGCGGAUUGUGAACAACUCGGGGAAAGGAGUUUGUGACGACGAGAUUAUCUACGAGAAUGCGAGGGUUUGUCGGAAGUGUGGUCACUACACGGUGACGUUAUAAUAUUCGGUGAAUAAUAGCUUCUACUUGUAUCAUUAUUACAAUUAUAACUGUUGGCAGAGAUGCAAAGAGGUUAGGGUAAAAUCACAUAUAUUAUCGUGUAAUUUAGUUGGUAAGUUGGUGUGCGUAUUGAUGUUAUUCGAAAUGCUACUUGAAAGGUUGUUAGUAGAAUGUAUCUCUGUUUUAGGCGAUCGGUAAAAGUUGUGGACGAUGGUCACUAGUUAAACUACAUUGUUUAUCUUAUUAUCUCUAAGAUUUUCAAGUUUCUAUCACCACAUCUUAGCAUCUUAAGUUGUUGAAAAAUAUUACAUUUUUUAACACUAAACACUAAAGCUAAUAUUUUGUUUGUGUAAUUUGAUGAUUUAAAUUACUUUCACAUACCCAUAGUUAAAAGAACAGAACAAUGUUUACAAAAGAGCAGUUCUCUACGAAAUCGGUAUUUUUUCUUUAAUUUUAAUUUUUGUAUUUUUUAAUCCGUCUAAAACUUUGUUGGUGCCUUUGG